GCAGUAGUGCCCACCCAUAAUCUAGUGCAGUAUAUAAACUUUAUUCUAUAUAGUUGACUUGCAUAACGCAUAGAGAUCUGCUCUUUGUGAAAAGAUGCUUUCCUUAUGUGUUCAAGUGUUUGCCGUGCUGGUUGUCUGUACAGCCGUCACUGCGAACAGAGAUAUUUCAUAUAUGUUCAGAGCUUGGAAUAUGGUUGACCAGCCUUUGCAGGAGCAACUUGCUGUUGUGUAUAAGGAGAUGGACAGCUUGAAACAUGAACAAGUAGUAAUGAAACAAAAGCAAGAAGCCUUGAGCAAGGCAUUAACACACUGUUCACAAAAGCCUAUUGAUACAGACGUGGAGAUGAAUUUGACAUCACUGCAAACAGGCAGCAGCCAUUUGCUGUAUACCCUCACCCAGGAUGGAGAUGAAGGCUCUGGUGAGGAUGAGAGUGAUAAGUCCCCUGACCCCUGCUAUCACUAUACCAUGCUGGACCAUGCCUGGAGAGCCACAAACUACACCACCAAGAAUGUUGUUUGUGAUCGUCAUGUCCAGUGGAAGGGCUGGUACCGUCUCUUCUACCGUGGGAAACCCAUCCAGAUGCCUGAGAGGUGUGUGAGGAAAGAAAGGUGUGGCACGCACGUUCCACUAUGGCUCGUUGGCGGUCAUCCCCGGAGACGAGAUGGGGUGGUCACCCGCAAAUUGUGUGGAAACUGGAAAAACAACUGCUGUUUGUUCAAAUCUCCUCCCAUUCAAGUGAAAGCAUGUAGGGGAAACUACUACGUCUAUAAGUUUGUCAAACCCGUAGCUUGCCAUUUGGCAUACUGUGCAGAUAUUAACACACUUGUCUGUGGAAAGUGCAGAAAAUCUGAGUCUUGCAUCAGCAGAGACCAAAUCACCUGGAUGUGUAGGAAAAACAAAAGAGUGAAAGCAAACGUCCAUUUUUUUGUCACCUACCCGGCCAGCAUCUCAGGAAAAGUGAACAGGAUAAUGUACAGGAAGGUGUAUGUGAAUCAAGGAGGGGCUUUCAGCACUCGCACCGGGAUAUUCAGAGCACCGGUUUCUGGAGUCUAUCAGUUCUUCUACUCCUCACAGACUGGGGGCAGUGGGGCAACUGAUCUAUGGCUGGUUGUAAAUAAUUACUGGGUGGCUGUGUCCCAUAGCAAUGUUCAGGGCUCCAGCUCUUUUGGGAAUCUGUCUACCUACAUGACGACUCUGCGCAAGGGUGCUACGGUUUAUGUGACCCACAACCGUGGCCGCUCUUGGGCAAAUAAUGCAUCCAACACCAUAGUUUUUGGGGGUUCAUUGCUUAUGGUGAGAAAAAUCUAAGGGAAUGUAAGUGUCAGCUGAAGCAAAAUUGGGAACAUUUAUAGUUUAAUUAGAGGCCAAUUUAAUAGUACCAAUUAGUUGGUUUGACAUACAUAAAAUGUACAAUGUUAAUGUUAAAACAUGUUCUGCUAGUUCUGUUUAUAUAAUGCUUUAACUAUUUUUAAACAUGUGUCUUGCUAAGAAAUUUAUUCCAAAUGCAAAUAUAUAUAUAAUACACAUAAUAUUUAUGAAUUCUACAAUAAUAAUAGUGUAAAAGAAAACAACAUUUGUUCUCUUGCUGAAAGAAUCCCUUGCUGAAAGAUAUAUUUCAAAUUAAAAUACUGCUUUUGUUCCUAUAAAAAUGCCAUGAAAUAUUGUGUCU